AUGUCUUCAUCAACUGAAGAAUUUUAUAAAUUUGUGGAAAACUGGGACACGGAAACUCUCAUAACUUUUUUAAAACAUCAAGAUCUGAACCUUAAAGAAAGAUAUUUAGAAUUUCUUCAUAAGCAAGAAAUUAAUGGACGAGCCUUUCUUCUCUUGACCAAGGAAAAGCUUUUAGGCCCUCCUUUUAACUUUGCUGGUGGUCCUGCUUUAAUUCUUGCAGAGCAGAUUAAGAUAUUAAAAGAUAGUAAGAAGAGGGCAUUUUCAUCUUUCAAGACCCAGAAUGAUUUGAAAGAAGUUUUAAAAAAUCAUGGAAUUGUUGAUGGAUACAGUAUUACUAACAUCCCACAAUUUGAACCAGUCACCUAUAAAAUCCGAGAUGAUGAACCAGCUUUAAAAUCAUGCAUAGACAACAUUCUAGAAAGAUUAAGAAACAUGGGACCAGUAAUUGAUAGUAAUGAAGCGAUGAGAUGUGAAUAUAUUUCAACAAUUUUGCAUUCAGCAGUUACAAUUCUUAAAGGUCUUAUCAAAGAUCAUGCUACAAAUGUUUUAAUUUUACCUCAGCUAGAAGUAUCUGGUUGUGUAGAUUAUGCAAUUAAAAAGCACCUAGACAAUGCGAUUGAAGAAAUUCUCUGUAUAACUGAAGGAAAGCAGUAUCAACCAGGAAUUGGAAUGGCACAAAAUAUUAUGCAAUGCAAAAGUUCAUGUGAUGCAAACAGGAGAAAAAGAAAGGCCCAGGAGGCAUUUGAAUCCAACUAUGAGUAUGUCUAUGGUAUAGUUUCAACUGGGACAGACUGGUUUUUCCUUCUUUAUACAACAGAUGGUAUUUAUUGUACUAGUAAAACAGAAUACCGUAUUUCACUUACUGAAGCAUCUCUUAAAGAUUGUACUGCAUUAAAAAGUAAUGUUAAAAGGAUUUUGGAAGUGAUUGUUGGAUUAUUGGAGGAUCGAGCAAAUAUUGACAUGUCACCAGCAACAAAGAAAGCAAGAAUUAGUAAAUACUUUCAAAUGAAUGUUAAAAAAAUUGAAUGCUAUCAU